CCGGAGAACGAGCUGGCGGUCCUGCCCGAUUCCCUCGGGGAUUUGAGGCACUUGGAAAGCCUCGACGUGAGCGGGAACCAUUUGCAGGAGCUCCCGGAUAGCCUGCUCAAAUUGACCGACCUCUUGAAGCUCCACGCGACGGGGAACGACCUGACCGCCGUUCCCGACUUGGGACCACUCACAAAGCUCUUGGACCUCGACUUGUCGAUGAAUCAGAUUCCUGACCAGCCAGAAUGGCUCGACAAGCUGACAUCUUUGAAAACCCUGGAUUUAUCCCGCAAUCUCAUCGACGGAAGGUUGACGUCGGCCGUCUGCGCGCUCGCGGAGCUGGAAACGCUCAAGCUCCGGCGCAACCUCCUCGACGGGUUGCCGGAUUGUAUGGGAGAUCUCAUCAGCCUCGAUGAUCUUGAUCUGGCAUAUAACGAGCUCGUGGAUGCGCUGCCGGAAACGUGGGGCCUCGCGAAAUGGCACAGACUCUACCACCUCCACGUCUCCGACAACAAGCUCAAGACGCUCCCCGCCAGUUUUAGCGCGGCGCUCAUCGUACUCGGGUCUGAAAAUAACAAGCUUUCCGAAUACCCGCCGAUGCUUACCAGUCAAAAGGCGUGCGAAUAUUUUGGGUUCCGCAUGCGAGAAGUCGAAUUCGAUUACGACGAGAGCAAUAAAGUGAUGAGAAACAUCCUUUUUACAUCGACCGAAGAAGACGCCACAUUCAAUCCAGCGCAGCGCGCUGUUACGAACAUUUUCCUGAGAAACAACAAAAUAACGUCGCUGCCGACCACCUUCGGACCUCGCGUCAACGAAUCGAGUUCCGCGACGAUGGAGCUGGACCUCGCGUACAACAGGAUCGAGACCGUUUCCGAGGCCAUCGGUGAGCUAGAACAUCUCAGAAAGUUGGACUUGCAGUACAAUUCGAUUAGUACGAUCAGCGAGGACAUCGCGUACGCGAGAUCCAUCGAGAAGCUCAAGCUCGCGGGCAAUCAGCUU